CCCCACUCAUCCACUCUUUACCAUUCCCCUGUUUUUCCCCUUUUUCGUCUCUCUUUCUCUUUCUCUUUCUCUCUCCUCUGUUAAAAAAACAGAGAAGAGGCAGAGCAAAUUAUAAAAACCAAAUAAAACCCACCCCACCCCCAAUAAAAACUUAAAUGAACAACAAUACCCAAAUCUGAUCACGACCCAUCUUUUCUCUCUCUUCAAUGGCAAAAACCCAGUAGCUCAAUUUUUAUUUCUAAUUAAAAAAAAUAAUAUUAUAAUGGGUUCUUCUUCAUUUGUUACAGCAGAGCACUCAACUCCAGAGGUAUUUCCAUGGCUGAAAACCCUACCUGUAGCUCCAGAGUAUCACCCAACAAUUCAAGAGUUUCAAGAUCCAAUUGCAUAUAUUUUCAAGAUUGAAAAAGAGGCUUCAAAAUUUGGAAUUUGCAAAAUAGUCCCUCCUGUUCCACCUCAAUCAAAAAAAUCUGUAAUUGCAAAUUUCAACCGUUCACUUGAAUCUUUAAGUGAUACCCAGAAAAACCCUAAAUCUCAACCUACAUUUACAACAAGGCAACAACAAGUAGGGUUUUGUCCUAGAAAACAAAGACCUAUUCACAAAGCUGUUUGGCAGAGUGGUGAGUAUUAUACCCUUCAACAAUUUGAAGCAAAAGCUAAGAACUUUGAGAAAAUUUACUUGAAAAAUAGAGUUAAAAAGACGGUUUCACCCUUGGAAGUUGAGACCCUUUAUUGGAAAGCUAAUGGGGAUAGACCCUUUUCAGUUGAGUAUGCAAAUGACAUGCCUGGCUCUGGUUUUGUACCCAUGAAAGAGAAAAAAACAGGGGAAGUUGUUGCUAAUGUUGGUGAAAGUGCUUGGAAUAUGAGGGGUGUUGCAAGGGCAAAUGGGUCUUUGUUGAGGUUUAUGAAGGAGGAGAUUCCUGGUGUUACUUCACCUAUGGUUUAUGUUGCUAUGAUGUUUAGUUGGUUUGCUUGGCAUGUUGAGGACCAUGAUUUGCAUAGCUUGAAUUACUUGCAUUUAGGGGCUAGUAAGACUUGGUAUGGUUGUCCUAAGGAUGCCGCCUCCGCUUUCGAAGAGGUUAUCAGAGUUCAUGGAUUUGGUGAAGAGAUUAAUCCCCUUGUUACCUUCGCAACACUUGGUGAGAAAACUACAGUGAUGUCCCCUGAAGUACUCGUAAAUGCAGGGGUUCCCUGUUGCAGGUUAGUGCAAAAUGCAGGGGAAUUUGUUGUCACAUUCCCGAGGGCUUAUCAUUCUGGCUUCAGUCAUGGGUUUAAUUGUGGGGAAGCAUCUAAUAUUGCCACUCCUGAAUGGCUGAGGUUUGCAAAAGAUGCUGCAAUUCGAAGAGCCUCAAUAAAUUAUCCACCAAUGGUUUCUCAUUUCCAGUUGCUGUAUGAUCUCGCGUUAGCAAUAUGUUCAAGGGUGCCAACGGGUAGCAAUGCUGAACCUCGAAGUUCCCGCCUAAAAGAUAAAAAAAAGGGCGAAGGUGAAAUGCUGGUUAAGCAGAUGUUUGUGCAUGAUGUAAUACAGAACAAUGAUCUUCUUAAUACUCUUGGACAAGGAUCUGAAGUUGUACUUCUCCCUCACAAUUCUUCUGAAAUCUUUGUUUGGUCCAAUCUGCGUGUUGGAUCUAAAUAUAAAGUGAAACCCGGGCUGCCUUUUAGCUUAUAUAGUUCAGAAGAAGCUAUUAAAGCUUCUGAUGACAUUAUGUUAGCUAGAGAUGUUAAGCAACAGAAAGGCUUUCAUUCUGUCAAAACAAAAUUUGGUGGAUGUACUACGCCCCAUGAGAUCCAACACUCAGAAACUUUUAAGGGAGGAAGUUCUGCUGGAGAUGGAUCGGACCGUGGACUGUUUUCAUGCGUCAAAUGUGGGAUUUGGACCUUUGCUUGUGUUGCCAUUGUUCAACCUACUGAAUCAGCUGCAAGGUACCUGAUGUCAGCAGAUUUCAGCUUCUUUAAUGAUUGGAUUGCUGGUUCUGCAGUAUCAAGUCAUGGAAUAGAUGCAACUGAUGGUGAAGCAUAUACAUCAGACCCAGAUUCUUUUCCAGGGUCCAUGGAAAAAAAUGCUCCUGAUAGCUUGUAUGAUGUCCCUGUCCAUUCUACAGAUCACCAAGCUCGGAGCAUGGAUAACACGUCGAAGUUGAAGUCAAAUACUCCUGAGACUAUGAAAGUGGGUUCAGAUACAGAGAUGAAGAAAGAAUCAUCUGCACUUGGCUUAUUGGCUAUGACAUAUGGAAAUUCUUCCGACUCUGAUGAAGAUGAUCUGCUACCCAAUUGUCCUGUUGUUUCUGAGGAUAAUAUGUCUGGAGAUGGUUCAUGGGGAGCUAGAUUUCACCAAGAUGAUUCUGCAUCACCAAAUUUUGAGCAAAGCUACGAUAGUGGUGUAGAAAGGGGUCCAAGCCAAGUUUCUUCAAGAUCUGAAUGCGAGGAUGAGGAUUCUCCCCAAAGAUUUGAGGUCUAUGGUAACUGUGGCCAUAGAAGGGUUAAUGGUGAUGACAAUGAUUAUGAAUCUCACAACUGCUCUGCCAAAUUCACAGAGGAAGAUACCCUAACUUCAGAGCAACAUUAUUCUCCUAUGGUUGAUGAACAUGAUACUGCAAAAAUCAGCUGUGCUAUUGAUCCAGUGAGCAAACCGAAUCUUUCUUUUGCACAUAGAUGCGAUGAAGAUUCUUCAAGGAUGCACGUUUUCUGUCUCGAGCAUGCUCUUGAGGUUGAGAAACAACUGCGACCAAUUGGUGGGGUGCAUAUCUUACUCCUUUGUCAUCCAGACUAUCCGAAUGUAGAAGUUGAAGCAAAGAAAGUAGCAGAAGAGUUGGAAAUGGAUUAUGUUUGGAAAGAUGUUGCUUUUUCUGUGGCCACCAAAGAGGAUGAGGAGCGGAUUCAUAUGGCCUUGCAAAGUGAAGAGGCCACACCGAAGAAUGGGGAUUGGGCUGUAAAGCUGGGCAUCAAUCUCUUUUACAGUGCCAUCCUUAGUCGUUCUCCUCUCUACAAUAAGCAGAUGCCCUACAACUCUGUCAUAUACAGUGCUUUUGGCUGCAGUUCUCCAUCAAAAUCCUCUCAGGAGGCCAAAGUUUUUGGCAAAGGGUUUGGGAGGCAGAAAAAGUUGGUUAUGGCUGGUAAAUGGUGUGGUAAAGUGUGGAUGUCGAAUCAGGUUCAUCCUUUAUUAUUGCAUAGAGAUCUUGAUGGAGAAGAUAGUGUUCUCAAUCCUUGCCUGAAAUCAGAUGAGAAAGUUGGGAGAAAAUCAGAAACUAGCUAUAAAGCUCCAACCACCGAUACAAAUAGAAAGCUUGGGAAGAAGAGGAAAUCAAUGGCAAGGAGUAAUAUAGUCAAGAAAAUGAAAUUUGAAGUUACAGAAUUUGCAGAUACUGAUCCAGAAGAUUCAGUAGAUGAUAAACCAGAGUUUGAGACUAGGAAAAGUGUUAGAAAACCGAAAGCACAAUGUAGGCCUAUAAAGAGGGUAAAACACCGAAAAGAAGAUAUUCCAGAUAUCAUGUCAGAGGAUUCACAAGAUGAGCUUGAAUUUCAUCAGGGACCUCUGAAAAGUGCAAGGGCCUUGAAGCAAGGAACUAAACAAAAUUUGAAAGCAAAAGGCCAUCAGAGUGUUGCCACCAUUGACAGUUACUCUGAUGAUGAUUCACUGGAUGAUAGAUCUCAUCAGCAUGGAUUGAGAAGCUGUAAUAGAAAACUGAAGGCAGAGGGAAAAUCAACCAGAAAGGUAAAACCCCAACCAGAAGAAAUUGUGGAUAGUGGAGAGUCUGAAGGUUCACCAUCUGAUGAAUCGGAACGGGAGGAGCAUAGGGGAAACAUAAAGAGUCCAGGCUAUUCUCAGCGGCGGGUCCCAGAUUUUAAAGAGUUUGAGCCAGUUACUGAUGAUGACGAGAGGGAUGGUGGGCCGAGUACUCGUUUGCGGAGAAGAAGUGUAAGGCCUACUCAGGAGAGGAGAGAAACUAAAGCAGCAGUUAAGAGGCAAGUGCAGAAUUCCAAAGGAAAGAAAGCACCUCCAGUAACUAAGAAUGCUGGUCCAGCAAGAAAGGGUCCCAAGAUGAGGCUUCCGGUAUCAAGAGCACCAGCAAUGAAAGGUCCAGCUAGGAAGAAUCCCUCUCUCUCUUCCGAUGAUGCAAAUGCAGAAGAGGAAGCUGAAUUUUGUUGUGACAUUGAGGGUUGCACCAUGAGUUUUGGGUCAAAACAAGAGCUUGCGUUGCAUAAACGAAACAUAUGCCCAGUCAAGGGAUGUGGUAAGAAGUUCUUCUCACACAAGUAUUUGGUGCAGCAUCGGCGUGUUCACAUGGAUGACCGUCCCUUGAAGUGUCCUUGGAAGGGAUGUCGAAUGACUUUCAAGUGGGCUUGGGCCCGCACAGAACACAUACGAGUCCACACAGGGGCCCGCCCGUAUGUCUGCAAUGAACCAGGUUGUGGACAAACGUUUAGGUUUGUGUCAGAUUUUAGUCGUCACAAACGCAAGACAGGUCACUCUGCAAAGAAGACUAGGAAAUGAUAUAUUUAGAUGAUAUGUACACAUAAUUUAACAUUGCUUCUUGAGUUGUCAAGGAAUUUGUUAUAACUUGUAAUUGAUUGACCUUAGGCCUUAGUUCAAUUUUUUUAGGGUUUUCCCUUUUAACUGGGACUUGGUAAGAGUUGUUGAAUCUGUCAUGUCAAGGGGGGUCUUCAUUGGACCCAUUCUUUCAGUUCAAUCAAGAAAUUCCAUGAGGAACCAAUUGUCUUAAACUCUUAUGUGUUAUAUACAUAAUACAUGCUAUGA